AUGUCUGCUUUUGAAGUCGAACAUUUAGCUACAUGCAUUACCGCUCACGCAUGGAAUGCUGACAGAUCAAGAGUUGCUCUCUGUCCAAACAACAACGAGAUUCAUAUCUUUGCCAAACAAGGUACCUCAUGGGUUGUCGAACAUGUUUUGGUUGAGCACGACCAAGUUGUAACAUCAAUUGAUUGGGCACCAAAGACCAACCGUAUUGUAUCAUCAUCACAAGAUCGUAAUGCUUACGUAUGGACAUUCAAAGAUGGACAAUGGAAGCCAGUUUUGGUAUUGUUGCGUAUCAACAGAGCUGCCACUCACGUCAAGUGGUCACCAAACGAAAACAAGUUUGCCGUUGCCUCUGGUGCCAAAUUGGUUUGUAUCUGUUUCUUUGAGGAGGAGCACGACUGGUGGGCAUCACACCACAUCAAGAAGCACAAAUCCACUGUGCUCAAGGUCGACUGGCAUCCAAACAACUUGCUUCUCGCCACAUCGUCAUCCGACUACAAAGUUCGUGUCUUUGACGCCUACGUCAAGGUUGCCGACGGUCGUAACGUCCAACGUCCAUACGGAGAGAUCCCAUUCGGUCAACCAAUUUUCGAGUUUGACCAAUGCGCAUCGUGGGUACACGCUUUGAAGUGGUCUGCCAGUGGAUCGCGUCUCGGUUUCUCGUCGCACGACUCCACCUUGGCUGUCGCCGACUUCUCCGGUGGCGACCAACCACAAGUCCAAAAGUUGCGUCUUCGUAACUUGCCAUUGCGUGAUCUUCUCUUUGUCACUGAGAACUCUAUUGUCGGUGUCGGACACGAUUGCACACCAAUCUUGAUUACAUGUGCCGGUGGACAGUGGAAGCUCGACGGUGAGCUCGACAAGGAGUCUGGACCAGCUGCCGGUGCCGGAUCUACCUCUGCACGUAACGUCUUCCAAAACAAGGUCGACCUCGGUGAGUCCAAGGUUGACAUCAAGUUGCCAUACGUACACCAAAAUUGUAUCACCACCAUCCUUCCAUUCAAAGCCACCGGUGGAGUCGUCUCUGAUUUCAGUACUUCAGGUCUAGACGGAAACAUCGUCAUCUGGCACGUCAAGCCACUCGAAACCAAGAAAGAGAACAUCGAUAGAAUAUGUUUUAGUUUGGUUUGUAAGAGAUUGUAUAACGAAAGAGAUAAAUAUCUAUCUUUCAAUACAGAUUCUAUUAAUAUUGGAGGUUGUGAUAAUGUCUUUAUUCAAUACAACCAUCCGCAUUUCAAACUACCAUCGUAUGACUCUACCCUAAGAAGAUCAAUACAAUCAAAGAAUGAUUGUAAUCUCUAUAUAUCAUCGGAUAUCGAUAUAUCAUUGAAUGAUUUUUCUUUUAGAUAUAAAAAUAUCAAAACAUUAGAAAGUAUUCCAACAUUUAUAACAAAUUUGAUUAUAUCUGUUAAAGUACAUCGUGAGGAUGAAUCUGAGCAUAUAUACAAAUUGCUGAGCAAGUCAGAGUCGGUAAGACAGUUGAUUGGUUGUCAUACGCUGAAGUAUGGAUUACCAAAGUCAUUGGAAUCUCUUGUUUUCACUCAUGAUUUCAAUGAACCUCUUGUAAGGGGAUCUCUUCCCAAUGGUUUGAAAUCGCUUCAUUUCGGAGUGCGUUUCAACCAACCUCUACAAAAAGGUAUACUACCAGAGAGUCUAUCAUCCUUGGCAUUCUGUGGAGGAGCAUUCCAACAUGUUUUCGAGCCUGGUAUGCUUCCCUCAUCGCUAAAAACAUUGUUCCUAACUGAAUACACACAGACUUUCAAAAUGGGUGCACUCCCUCACCACCUGGAGUUUCUCAGCUAUUCUGGCGCGAGAACUGUACUUGCCAAAGGUAUUUUACCUACCACUAUCCACACUCUACGUAUGGCGCCUGACAUAUGGAUUCAAGGCGACUUGGACCUACCAAAUCUCAAAGAUCUAAGGUUGACCUUCCGUGCAAACUCACUGGCAAGAUGCCUACCACCAUUACAGAUUUGA